UUCUUCGGUAAAAUGGCUGUUAAUGUCCCUGGACUUGUGGCUGUUAUUGUUUUUUACCUGCUGAUUCUGGCAACCGGCAUUUGGGCUUCUCGAAAAUCAAAGAAAGAGGAGAAAAAAUGUUCUGGAACAAAAAGUGAGGUGGCCAUGAUCGGCGGCAGGAACAUUGGAACCUUGGUUGGGAUUUUUACUAUGACAGCCACGUGGGUCGGAGGAGGCUUCAUCAAUGGGAUUGCUGAGGUAACUUAUCAACCGCAUCGUGGAGUAAGUUGGGCUCAUGCACCCCUCACUUAUUCUCUCAGCCUUAUCCUUGGUGGCCUUUUCUUUGCUGAGCCAAUGCGAUCCAAGCAGUAUGUCACGAUGAUGGAUCCAUUCCAGAUAAAAUUCGGGAAAGUGAUGGGUGGCCUCCUCUUCAUCCCAGCGGUUCUGGGAGAUAUAUUUUGGUCAGCAGCCAUUCUUGCAGCAUUGGGUGCUACAAUGACUGUCAUUUUGAAUAUUGAAACCUAUUUGUCCAUUAUCCUGUCAGCUUGUGUGGUGACAAUAUACACACUACUUGGUGGCCUCUAUUCAGUGGCAUAUACAGAUGUGAUGCAAAUGGUCUUUAUUAUUAUCAGUCUGUGGCUCUGUGUGCCCUUUGCCAUUAUGAACCCAGCCGUUUCAGACAUCAGAUACACCAUGGUAAAUGAACUUUAUCAGACCCCAUGGAUCGGUAAAAUCGAGACGAAGCAGAUCUUCCGAUGGAUUGAUGAUCUUCUUUAUAUGAGUUUGGGAGGGAUUCCUUGGCAAGUGUAUUUUCAGCGCGUCCUUGCAGCAGCUUCAAUUUCCCAAGCAAGGAAGACAUCUUAUGUAGCUGGGGUGCUCUGCUUCACAUUGUCCUUCCCUUCCAUCAUUAUUGGAGCAGUUGCUGUAUCUACAGAUUGGAAUAAAACAAGCUACGGUUUGCCCACUCCAAAUGAGAGAAAUGAAUCUAGCAUGAUAUUGCCCAUUGUCCUCCAGUACCUUUGUCCUGUUUAUGUUGCUAUGCUGGGAAUUGGUGCGAUUUCAGCUGCAGUUAUGUCAUCUGCAGAUUCAUCACUUUUAUCGGCAAGUUCAAUGUUUGCGCGCAAUAUCUACAAGACCAUUAUCAGGAAAAAGGCUGCCGAGAAGGAAGUGAUAUGGGUUAUGAGGAUCGCAGUGGUUCUGUUUGGAGCUUUAGCCAGCACACUGGCAAUUCUAACAAACUCAAUUUAUGGCCUGUGGUUCCUGAGUUCAGAAUUAGUGUACGCCAUCCUGUUUCCACAGCUUGUCUGUGUCCUCUUCAUCCCAAAUAUCAACACCUAUGGAUCGGCUGCAGGCUAUUUCAUUGGAUUAACCUUGAGAAUAUUAGCUGGUGAACCUUUCCUUCAAAUCCCACCAAUAAUUCGAUAUCCGGGCAUUUCCUUUGACAACGGUGCCUUUCAACAACUUUUUCCGUUUAAAACCUUCACAAUGCUGGUGUCCUUACUUUCCACAGUGAUGUUCUCGCAUUUGGCAUCAUUUGUAUUUACGCGAAAGCUCCUGCCGGUAAGAUUUGACGUUUUCAAAAUCAUUGAAAAUGCAAAAGAGUUGCCUGGGGCAGCAGAGGAGCAAAUUAUUUUAAACGAAUGGAGAAAUCAUAAACUUGAGCCCGGCAAGAAUAAAAUAUAAUAACAAUUACUGCUCUGGUCUUUAAUAGCUUGCAACAGGGUGGUGGUGUUGUGUUUCAUUUCAUUCCAGUAGUACAACCUUAAGAGCAUCAAUUGUGUGAUGGGAAUCCCUAAUGCCUGUCAAAAUACAAAUGCUCUUCCACACUAUAAAAGCACAAGAAGCCUCAGGAAAUUCAGCCCAUUUACUUUUUACACAUAUAUAAUAACAGCGAGCAAAAUUGAUCAAGAUCUGAUGCUUCUUACCCUGAUUACAGAGUGACUGACAAGCUCUUUCACCAUAAACCAUCAACUGCCGUCAAAAUGCUGGACACUCUAUUUUCAUAUCAGAAAUGUGGGUGGAGCUACCCCCGUUCAUACACAUCGUGCACCACAGACAUUUCCAGCAUCAGAGUAAACAGUCAGGAAAUGUAUUCUAAAAUAUACUGAGAGGAGAUUACCUGCACAUUCUCCAAUGCAUUGUCUUGCAGUAAGGCUGAGUGAAAUCUAUCACCGUGAAAACACAUUGCCAGAGGAGUUGGAGGGUCUGCGUGGGAGAGAUUCUGAUUCCACUGGAAAUCAAAGUUGGGAGGGUGACUCAUAGUCACCCAUUUCACACCCAUUUCACACUAUAACCAAAGAGCUGGACUAAAGGGCCUGUCCCACUUGAGCGCCAUUUGCGCGUCAUUUACGCGACAGACUAAAAUUAGGUUGCCGCGUUGUGACGCGCACGUGACGCAUGCAGUGACGCGCGGUAAUGCGCGGUGCUUCCCUGUUGCCCCAGGGUUUUGGAAUGUUCAAAAUCCUGGGGCGACAUUUGGGUGUCUCAUCAUGUCGUGCACCCUGUCACAGCUGUCCUGUGGGUGAUGCCUGG